UCGCCUCACCUACGCCGCCAUGGCCGCCGCCGCCGCCGUCGCCCGAUGCCUCCUGCUCCGGGCAUCGGCCCCGGCGCCGGCGCUAAACCCGAUGGACGGCGCUAAGGCCCCUGCCUCCAUCCACACCUCACUCCAUGUCCGCGCAGCCGCCCCCCGGAGCUCGGCCCGCCGUCUCCGGCCGCCGCCGCUCCGGUGCACCUCCCCGUCCCCAGACGGCUCCGCCGAGCCGAAGCUCGCCGUGCUUCUCGAAGUCGAAGGAGUUCUUGCAGAUGUCUACCGCUUCGGCAGUCGCCAAGCGUUCAAUGUAGCAUUUCAAAAUCUUGGCCUAGAUUGUGCGAAUUGGACAGAGCCAAUAUAUGCUGAUUUAGUGAGGAAAGCUAGCGGCGACGAGGAAAGGAUGGUGGUGCUAUUCUUUGACAGGAUUGGUUGGCCUACAUCUUUGCCAACUAGUGAGAAGGGGUCAUUUACAAAAAGUGUUCUUCGUGAGAAGUUGAAAGCUUUGGAAAAGCUCUCUUCUACUGAUGCCUUACCGCUGCGGCCUGGAGUUGAGAAGUUCGUUGAUGAUGCACUUAGUGAGGCUGUGCCUAUAGCCAUAUUGGCAACAUAUGGCAGAAAUGGAGAGAAGAUUUCAAGAUCAAUAGCUGAAAAAUUAGGUCCCGGGAGAACGUCAAAAAUAAAGAUUGUUGGUAAAGAGGAGGUUGAAAGAAGCUUUUAUGGGCAGCUUGUUCUUGGAGAAGGAGUCGCUUCCAGUUUGGAUGAACAACUUACCAAAGAAGCACAAAAGGCUGCUUCUGCAGAGAAGCAGAGGGUAGCUGAAGAGGUUGCAUCACUUCUAAAACUCAGUGUGGACAUCAGCACAGCAUCCAAAAGGUCUGAGAAGAUAAUAGCCACAUUGCGAGCUGGGUCUGAAUAUGUCGGACGCGAUGUGCAAAACUGCAUCCUUGUCACUGGUAGCCAACCAAGUGUCAUCGCAGCUGAGCGUAUUGGCAUGCCGUGCAUAGUCCUUCGAAGCAGCCUAACUGCUAGGGCAGAAUUUCACUCAGCGAAGGCCGUCAUGGAUGGAUUUGGUGACACGGACCUAACCAUAUCAAAGCUACUGAGUAAGAGGUGGUCUUAAUGUAUAUGCAAACUAGGCAUCGAAUAUUAGUUGCCUGCCAUGAAUCUGUAACCGACCGACAAUGUGAUGAUUUAUGUAAACCUCCUCUACCGGAAAGAGGCUAUAUCGAAAGCUAAGUAAGAGGUGGUCUUAAUAUAUAUGUAAUCUAUUCAUUGAAUGUGAUUUGCCUGCCUUGAAUCUGUAACUGGCCAACCGUGUGAUGUUUUGAUGUUCAAAACAAGGCUUUAUGUAAAACCUAGGCUACGGAAACAAGGCUGUAUCUGAAUUUGAGCUCACGGCAUGAAGUUAUAUGAAGCACCAAUUGAUUUGUGCUGUUUUUUACUUA